GGAAGCAAUUAAGUUGGCAGGUGAUUGGAAGGUUAAAAUGAGGACGGACAAUUGCUUGGAGGUUUUGGGUUUUCUGCGGCUUGUUAGUACAUAUGGAAUCACCUCGUUUUAUGAUGCGAAGGAGCUUCAAAGUCUUUGUGCGAUUGUUGCUAAGGAUGAACGUACAACUGAAUUAUCCUGGGCUUUUGGUAUGACUGGUGAGGCACCUGCCAGAAUUGAGGCCCCGGAAUCUUCACUGGCAAACAAUGCAGGAACUUGUUCUUCUCUGAAUCUUCAACUAACUGCCACCACAGAUGCUACUCAUUCGCAGGGGUUUUUAAAUGAGCUUUUCAGUAGGGAUUGUUUGAUACAGACUGAAACUUGGGCUGCUUUUCAAUCGUCAUCAGAACCAGAAAAGUUUGUGAUGGAUGUGAUGCAAACUUCUUUUUAUAAAUACUGCACAAUAGAGGAUGCUGGUUUUAAAGAAAUUGUCAUGGCAAAAUACAUUUCACUACUCGACAUGCUGAUGAAAAUUAAACCGCAUGUUGGACCUCAUGUUAACAUAGAUGCUCUAAAGCUAGCAGUCAAUUGGAAAUCAAAAAUUGGUGCCAGUACCCAACCCCUUGAGCUUUUGGGUUUUUUGCAGUUCAUAGCUACAUAUGGACUGCUUUCCAUGUUUAAUAGAGAGACUUUAGUGUUUCUUGGAAGGAUUUCUCAUCAGAAGCAGGCGCUAGAAAUAUGUCAGACACUUGGUUUAGCUGAUAAGAUCCCUGAUAUCAUUCGGGAUCUUGUUGAAAAGAACCAACUAAUUGAGGCUGUUCGAUUAAUUUGCCCGUUUAAGUUAAUUGACAAGUUCCCACCAGUACCACUCUUGAAAGAAUUUGUGGAGAAUGCAAAGUUGUCGUGCAUUCAAAUGAGCAAGGGACAUAAAUUAUUUUCUGAAAAGGAUAAGUGUGUAAACAACCAGAUUGCUGCUCUUAGAGUUGUGAUUCAAUGUAUCAAAGAUAGCAACCUCGAGUCCGAGUACCCUUCCAGGUUCAUUGAAACACAAAUAGCUUUUCUGGAAAAAAUGAAUAAUCAUCGCAGACGCCAAAUGACAUCUCCUCCCUCCAAGGUUGAACAACGAUGGAAGAAAAAUUCUCCGGUCUCCAAGGUUGAGGGACAAGAGCAGAAACAGUCUCCUGCCUCCAAAGUUGAGGGACGGGAGCAGAAAAAGUCUCCUUCCCCUAGAAUUGAGGGACGAGAGCAGAUCAAACCUCUUGCCUCCAAUGUUGAACAAGGGGCGGAAAAGCCUUUUGCUUAUACUGUUGAGGGACAAGAGCAGAAAAGAUCUGUUCCCUCCCACGCUGAACCAGAAGAACACAGUAGAGGCAAGAAACGUAGACCCAACACUUUGCCUUGCUCGAUUCAACCACCACAACAGCGUCGAAAUAUGUAUCAUCAGACAUCUGCUUCACAUUCUAUUCAUCACCUCCAAUCACCCCAGACUAUCGGAAGCCAGGUCCGUUGCCUGGGGAGAGUUUUUAAAGCCAUGCCGAAUCCUGAUUAGACCGAGUAUGAACCUGCUAUACGUACUAACUACGAAAGACCGCUGCACAACUCUGAAGUCCCGUCCUAGUGCGCAAUGCUGCUUACGGAUACCUUCCUCGUAAUGUACCCUUAGUUUUUAUGGUGGCACAAUAGGUUGGCAGCCGCUGUCUUCUGUAAGUUGCACUACAACUAUUUAGGAGAAGCAACAUAAUCUGACCUGACUAUUGUAAAUAGCCUUUGUUUUUAUAGUGUUGGUUUUCUUUUUUUUUCUUUUUUUUUUGUGGGUCCAAACUUGAUUUAGAGUUGCUUCAGAUGUAUUCAUAACCUUAUAGCUCGAUUGAAAGUGCUUUUAAAAUGACUGAAAAUGUUUUGAUGAAA